CAUCGUUCUUAUAAGAUCGACGCAGAAAUGUGUAUUUUUGAAUAACAAGCACUAAGCUUUUUAAAAAAAAUUUAACGGCAUUAUUUUCCUAAUUGUAUUAUCAUUUAUAAAUAACACACAUAAAAUGCGAAACUUAUUUUCUUAUUAUGAAAAUUGCGAAAGAAAACACUUGAACCGAGCAUGCCUUUCUUACGCCAUUUUGGAUUUUUCGUGAAGUUGAUUUGAGACAGGCACCUCGAAUUAAUUGAAAAUAAAAUGCCUAACGACGAAAGUGACAUGAGUUUUUGUGAUGAAUCGUCUGAUGAAGAUAUUGUGGAAACAGAUAUCGAAGAUUCAGAUGAAGAUAUGGGAAAUACCUCUGUUAGUAACUCUACACAACAAGGGAAUAGUCUUCUACCCAAGACAGCAUCUGAUGUAGACGGUGGUCCCCCAGUUCGCCUUCCCAAAUUCCGACCUGCUAAGCAACCUGGAAUUCAUCUUAGUCAAACUGGGGAGAAGUUAACUAAAAGUGCUGCUAGGGAAUUCUUGAGCCCUGUGUCCUUUUUCAAGCUGUACUUCACGGUGGAUCUGGUGAAGACAAUCGUAAUGUACACCAACAAGUAUGCAGCACACUGUGGACCAACAAGACCUUCUGUCUUCAAAGGGUGGUAUAAUUUAAGUAUCGAUGAGUUUUAUUCUUUUUUAGGUUUGCUGAUGUACAUGUCCAUAGUUCAAGCACCAAGUGUAGCAAAAUAUUGGUGCACAUCGUCUCUUUACCAUGGCUUAUGGGCUCGUAGAUUCAUGACGAAGAAGAGAUUCACACAAAUAAUGUCUUUUUUAAAGGUUUCAAACUUUGAGACAGAAAACCCAGAUGACAAGCUGAGUAAAGUAAGGUUUUUGUAUGAAUACAUUCAUAGAAAAUGUCAGGCACUUUAUCAGCCAAACCAACAUUUGUCUAUUGAUGAAAGAAUGGUAAGAAAUAAGGGCAGAUACACUUUCCGUCAGUAUAUUCGUGAUAAGCCAACUAAAUGGGGAAUGAAACUAUGGGUAUUAGCUGAAUCUAUUACUGGCUACACUUAUGAUUUUGAAGUUUAUUUAGGUAAGCAAGACAAGACACCGCAGACUUCUACCUUUGGCUUAGCUUAUGAUGUAGUAAUGCGAUUGUCAAAAUCAGUUAUGAAUCAGGGUUAUCUUUUAUUUUUUGACAACUUUUAUACUAGUGUUAAACUAUUGAAAGAUCUUUUUAAAUGUGGAAUUGGUGCUUGUGGCACAAUUUUAAAAAAUAGAAAAGGUUUUCCUAUUGCUCUAAAAGAUGUGAAGUCUUUUGAAAAAGUUUCAAAAAGAGGUGAUAUGCGAUGGUUUAGGGAACGGGAAAUUGUAACAGUUCAGUGGCGUGAUAAUAAAACUGUGUCUGUAAUGUCUAAUUUUAUGACGGCUAAUGGUUCAGCAAAGGUAAACAGAAGAACUAAGGUUGGAGGUAUUUUUACACAGUUGUCUGUUGAUCAACCACAUAUUAUUCAGGAAUAUAAUUCACAUAUGGGAGGGGUAGAUAAGAGUGACCAAUUAAUUAAUAAAUAUAAUGUUCUAAGAAAAACUAAAACGUUUUGGAAAACUCUGUUUUUUCAUUUCAUUGAUAUUUCUAGGGUUAAUAGUUACAUUUUAUUUCAGGAAUGGAGAAAGACCAACCCUGAUCUUGUGGAACUUGCUAGGCCAAAAAGAUACUUACAGUUAGAUUUUACAGAGGAGCUCAUUCGAGAAUUAGCAAAAAUAGAUAUGUUUCAAGAAAUACCCUCAGCUCUUAAAGUUACACUUAAAAAAGCUAAAGUUAAGAAAGUUAAACCUAGCCAUAGUAUUGUUCCAGAAUUUAGUCGCUCUAGGCGUAAUUGUAAAUUAUGUUAUAGAACUUUAGGUAUAGAGAGAAAGGUCACCACUAAGUGUCGCACCUGUGAUACGUAUCUAUGUUUCCAUAGAAAGAAAAACUGUUUGUUAAAAUUUCACCAGUCUUCUUAAACCUUGUUUCAUUUUUCUUUUGUUAUCAAUAACCUCAUUUUUGUAAACAUUGAUAAUAAUAAUUUCUUUCCAAAUAUUUUUUUUUUUAAUUUUCACUUAUUUCCCCUUACACAGGUCAUGUUACUGUUUAUUGCAUAAUUUUUUCAGUUCUUGUUCAAAAUGUACUACAUCACCUGUUUUAUACACAGAAAUGAAUAAUCUAUUCAAUAAACAUCACUUUGUUUUAUUAUAGUGCAAGGCUUAUUUUUUUUCUUCUUUAUGUUUGUCAUGUCUUUAGUAAAAAAAAAAAAAGUCAAAUUUAAUUAAUUAAUUAAUUAAUUGUGGUAUCAAGGUCACACAUGAUAAAGUUGAUUUUAUAAUUUAUGCUGAUACUACAUUCAAUUACCUAAACAGUGAUGCAUAACACUAUAUGCUUUCCUUGCUUAAUAAUGUUUUAGUGAACAUUUUACUAUAUAGACCUGAGGAUUCCAAUAUUUCACUACUAAA